UUGAGUUUAACCAGGAUAAACAGUGGGGCAGGAUUCCAUGUCCUUAAUAAUUGCGCUCGCAUUGAGAAUCGAUGUGACAGUAGUUAUAACAACUGGUGGAAAUAUGAUGUACUUCCACACCUAGACGGCAUCAAUUGUAAAACCUUGUUAGCUAGUGAAUCUGAGAAUUUCAAAUUCAAAGCUCAAGCUGAUGGGUCAGGGAAGGGGAAAUCCCUUCCUACAGUAGCUAAAGCUCCUUCACGUCUUCGAAAACGGGACACUUCAAAGGAUUGUUUGAAUUCUCAAGAACAACCGACUCCGAAGAUGUUAAAGGUCACAACACCUGUUUCAAGAUCAGCUAAUGUUCGAUUUGUUCAUCCUUUAAACAUCUCAGAGUCUGCUAAAGUGAGUUCGUCAAACAAAUCUGAUCAUGCACUCCUUUCAGCCCGCAUGUCUAAGAGUAUUUUCAAGAAACAUGAUAUAGGCUCAAAUCGAGGAAGGAUUCCAAGCACAAUUGUACCAGUUGAUAAUCUUAGUUCUAUUAAGCAGGUAAUUCAAGAGAGGUGGCAAACAGGAGCUACAAAAUCCGAGCAUAAUUUGGCUUGUACCUGGACAAAAGAUGGUGCAAAUCAUACUACUAUAAAAUCUCUCACAAGCAGGGUUGACCCAUCUUGUGAUGUUCUGAAUGACUUAUCAACUUUUUUAGAAUUAUCCCCACGAUCCCGCAAUAAAGCUUGUCCUCCACUCCCAGAUCUUGUCACAUUAAAUUUCAUCCCAGGUAUUUGUGGAAACCAAAAUCUUGACAAUGAUAUCAUUGAAGCUUUAUUUGAUGACAACGAUCGGACCAUGUCCAUUCUUUCCAGCAGUGGAGGGAUUCUUCCUUUGGUUGAUGGAGAACAUACCAAUCCAUGUGAAGGGGAAGUUAAUUCUAAAAUAAACUCUUCAUGUGUUAUACAAGCAGGGCAAGAAGCUAUUAAUAAUUUUGUUAUGAAUACUCUUCUUGAGCCAAAUGGACCUGGUGAAGCACGAUCUCCAAGACUAAUGCCGAUGUUUUCAUCUGUCUCAGGUAUAUUUUACUAG